AUGAGCGGAAAUCAACCUAAUGCGGUUCUCUUCCCAGGAGGCUGCAUGUGGAUCAGGACCCCGGCCAUUGUCUAUUCCACCCACGGAGCCCCACCCUGGUCCCCAUCCUCUACUACCCCUUCCCCACGGAGCUCCACCCUGGUCCCCAUCCUCUACUACCCCUUCCCCACGGAGCUCCACCCUGGUCCCCAGACCCAGAGGGAGCGUUACACCCUGGUCCCCAUCCUCUACUACCCCUUCCCCACGGAGCUCCACCCUUGUCCCCAUCCUCUACUACCCCUUCCCCACGGAGCCCCACCCUGGUCCCCAUCCUCUACUACCCCUUCCCCACGGAGCUCCACCCUGGUCCCCAUCCUCUACUACCCAUUCCCCACGGAGCCCCACCCUGGUCCCCAUCCUCUACUACCCCUUCCCCACGGAGCUCCACCCUGGUCCCCAUCCUCUACUAUCCCUUCCCCACGGAGCUCCACCCAGGUCCCCAUCCUCUACUACCCCUUCCCCACGGAGCUCCACCCUGGUCCCCAUCCUCUACUACCCCUUCCCCACGGAGCUCCACCUGGUCCCCAUCCUCUACUACCCUUCCCCACGGAGCUCCACCCUGGUCCCCAGACCCAGAGGGAGCGUUACACCCUGGUCCCCAUCCUCUACUACCCCUUCCCCACGGAGCUCCACCUGGUCCCCAUCCUCUACUACCCCUUCCCCACGGAGCCCCACCCUGGUCCCCAUCCUCUACUACCCCUUCCCCACGGAGCUCCACCCAGGUCCCCAUCCUCUACUACCCCUUCCCCAUAG